AGAGAGAGAGAGAGAGCGGAGCGCGCGCGCUGGAGCUCCAGUGAGUGUGUGAGCGCGCGCUGGUUCGGUCUGUCUGUCGGUACAGCAGCUCCAGUGAUCUUCAGGCCCAUCUGUGUUUCCCUAUCACCGGUGUGUUUCCACGCACUUCUCACGCGUGUUUCUCAUCUGGCUGAUUUUCGUCUGGCUGAUUUUGCCCUAGUCUGAUUUUACCCUCGUCCGACUGGUUUUACCCUGUGCUCCGGUCAGCUGAGGCACACUGAGGCGGAUGUGAGUAGUUGAGUAGCGUGUGGGUCCAGAUCAGCUGUGGUGAUGGAUGUAAUCCGCCGCUGAGAGUUGCUGUGGUCUGCAGUAAGCUGCCGGCAUCCGUGUACAAAUGAAGAUGCGCUAGAGGCGCCUACGUUUCCUCACGGAAACCGCCUGUGCAUCCGCCUGUGACCUUUUGAACCCUGAACCCAAACGUCGGCCCUCUGCCUUGGUGGCGUCCGCUGGGCUCACCAUGUGAGGGGUUUCCAAUGCAUCUUUGAGUGGACUGGAGCACUGCCUGUUACCCCGCCCCAUUUUAUACAGACCCCGCCCCCUCCCCUAAGCCCCGCCCCCGGAUUCUAAAGAAACUCGCCAUGAUGUUCCGGGACCAAGUGGGGAUUUUGACAGACUGGUUUAAGAGCUGGAACGAGUGUGAACAGACAGUGGCGCUAUUGUCAUUGUUGAAGCGUGUUUCUCGGACACAGGCCCGGUUUCUGCACAUCUGUCUGGACCACUGGCUGGCCGACUGCACAGAGAUACACAUACUAGAGGCAGAAGCCAACAAUGCAGCCAUCGUCAGUCAAUGGCAGCAGGAGCCGAAGGAGAAAGCCGUGUCCCUCCUGCUAUCCCAUCUCCCCCUGCUGCAGCCACGGAACAGCGAAGCCAAGUGUGAAUACAUGAACCUCCUGCAGAAGGUCUUGAGCCACACUAUCGAGAGCAGCCUGUUUGUGGAGGAGAGUCGGCAGCUGCUUUCCUACGCCCUCAUUCAUCCCGCCACCACCCUUGACGACCGCAACUCUCUGGCCAUGUGGCUCAAUCAUCUGGAGGAGCACCUGUCAUCCCGGCCGCCUCCGCCCGGACCGUACCAUCACGCCCGGCAGGGGUCAGACGAGUGGCCCUGUUCGGCCGAGUCCCUGGAGCCGUCGUACUCCUGGCAAGAGAAGCUGCCAUCCACAUGCAGCUCGCCGGCCGGACAGAACGGACACAUGCCUUUCCCUGGCACGGGUGGCGUGACCUCGCCUGUCAACAGCGGCGGCAACACGGGACUGCCUGGUCAGGUGCAGCCAAGCCCACUGAAGCCCUCGAUGUCACUCACACCCGCCAAUCAGCCAGCCUGCAGCUCUGAUUGGCUGAACCAGGAGGAGGGUGUUGGAUGUCAGGGUGUGGCCGGAGCAGAACACGCCCCCCUGUCGCCCCAGAGCAGCGUCGCAUCAUCAGGCAGCGAACAGACGGAGGAACAGAGCAACACGCGCAACACAUUUCAGGAGGACGGGAGUGGAAUGAAAGACGUCCCGGCCUGGCUGAAGAGUCUUCGUCUGCAUAAAUACGCAUCGCUAUUUUCUCAGAUGACGUAUGAAGAGAUGAUGAUUCUCACAGAACAACACCUGGAGUCGCAGAACGUGACAAAGGGAGCUCGACAUAAGAUCGCUCUGAGCAUACAGAAACUUAGAGAACGACAGAGCCUCCUGAAAUCUCUUGAAAAGGAUAUUCUGGAAGGCGGGAACGUUCGGAAUGCUUUGCAAGAGCUUCAGCAGAUCAUCAUCACGCCAAUCAAAGUUUAUACCCCGCCCACUGCUGCCCAGAAGGAGGUGGAGCCUGGAGUUACACCUGUUGAUAAAGCAGCCAAUCCCAGCGAAGAGAAGGACACUGAGGGCUUCCAGACCCACAAUCCUCCAGCGUGUGAUGGAGAGUCCUCGUCCGCACCCAUCUCUGACGGAGAUAUCGCGGGACAGUUCACGCGUGUGAUGGGGAAAGUUUGUACGCAGCUGUUGGUGUCCAGACCGGACGAGGAGAACAUCAGCUGUUACCUGCAGCUCAUUGAGAAAUGUCUUACGCACGAGGCGUUCACAGAGACGCAGAAGAAGCGGCUGUUAUCGUGGAAACAGCAGGUGCUGAAGUUGCUCCGCCUCUUCCCACGGAAAACCAUGAUGGACAGCGGCGUGUACCGGAGAGGGUGGCCGGCGUACGGAUCCAACUCUCUGCCCACAGCUGGAUCUGUGAGCGCAGGUUUGGGCAGACGGGGGCAGAGGCCCUUCCAGAUGCCCCCGCGAGGAGCUCCACCACCCGGCCGCAUGGGGCUGAUGACUGCCGGCGGUCUGACCGGAGCAUCGCCCCGACACUCGCUCGCCAACCCCGCGGCCGUCAGUGCACAGGGUCGACAGAACCUGUGGUUCGGGAAUCCUGGAGGUAGUAACAGCAUGCCGAGCCAGAGCAGAAGUUCUGUGCAGAGAACUCAUUCUCUUCCUGUUCACACGUCUCCACAGACCAUGCUUCUGUUCCAACAACAAGAAUGCCAAGUUCCGGGGACAGAUCUGGAGAUUAACCCCACGCUGGAGUCUCUGUGCCUCAGCAUGACAGAGCAUGCCUUAGGAGACGGAAUGGACAGAACGUCGACGAUAUGAGAAUCAAGCCAGUGGAAGAACUGACCGUUCACUUCUUCUUCUUGGUCACCGAGUCGUUUGGCCGGUGCUCCAGUAGCCCAGCACACACACUCAAACAACACGAGUCACUACAGAUCACACACAACUAACUGUGCAUAUGUUCUCUAAUAUUUUUCUACUUUAUUGUACUUAACUAAGUUUAUUAUAAAGGAAAUACAGAAGAACUAUUAUAUUACGGAAGGGAGAGCAGGAAGACGAGCGAUCUGAUUGGCUGGAGGCGCGUGACCGUGAGGAAACGGUGCUUAUGGUUUCAAAGGGCUUCGGGCCUGAGCCGCGGUCAUUAGAUGUCGUUUACAUCCUGUCCAUCCAUCCGCCUGCAUGAACUCUGACCUCCAUGACGGACUUCCUCCUGUGGCUUUUCUGUGUUAUAAACGGCGGGUGUAAAGCGAGGCGAGUUCGUUUGGCCGCCGUUUAUGUGUUGAUUUCACGCGUCCCUCAUUCCUGUGUGUUUAUCUGUUAUGAUGCGUUCUUAUUCCUGUCGAGGUACAAGAGGUUUCUUAGCACUUAUACGUAAGAUGUUUACCAGGGCGUCACUACAGCCGUGACCGUUGCCUCUCGCACGCAGACUUUUGUAAAUAUGCAGGUAUAGGAAAAUCACAAUAUGACCUUUAUGAUCCAAAUGAUUUUUAUACGCAGUGCUAUGAAGUAUAGAUGCGAGCAGAGGGGGAUUGUGGGAGCUGUCGUUUGAGAGAUCGAGCUGUGCUCAUCCGCUGACCGCGUCGCUCCACGCCCCCCUCAGUGACUGACAGGGAUGUCCGCCAAUGACAGACUCCGCCUCGUACUGGCUGAUGCAAAACCCACCAAUCAGAUUCCGUUUCAUCUUGAUUUCCUCAGAGAGGCCGCUUCAGAGAUUCGACCAAUCGCAACGGUGCUUCUAAACGGCAGAUUUCUGUUGAUUGAUUUGUGGUGUUUUUUUCUCUUUGAAUGGUACCGUCUGUGAAAAUCCCAUUCAGCCUUAUGGAGCAUCAGAGCGGUGUGUGUGUGUGUGUGUUUCUGCUCUCAGUGUGUGUUUUAUACGUCUCUCAGCUGCUCUAUAUCUAGUAAAACUGUAUUGACUGAAAA